GCAGCCAUGUCAGGCCGCGGCAAGGGCGGGAAGGGCCUGGGCAAGGGCGGCGCCAAGCGCCACCGCAAGGUGCUGCGCGACAACAUCCAGGGCAUCACGAAGCCCGCCAUCCGGCGGCUGGCCCGGCGCGGCGGCGUCAAGCGCAUCUCCGGCCUCAUCUACGAGGAGACGCGCGGGGUGCUCAAGGUGUUCCUGGAGAACGUGAUCCGGGACGCCGUCACCUACACGGAGCACGCCAAGCGCAAGACGGUCACGGCCAUGGACGUGGUCUACGCGCUCAAGCGCCAGGGCCGCACCCUCUACGGCUUCGGGGGCUGAGCGCCCGCGACCCACGACGACCGCCACACGCACAAAAAGGCCCUUUUCAGGGCCGCCCACAAAGUCACUUGAAAGGGCUGUUUCUGCGCGCAGGAUUUCGGGGUUCGGGGCGUUCAGCUGCGUGAGCAAUAAGGUCCUGUUUUGGCGGCUGUAGUAGGUCUUGGGCCGUUUCGCUUCACUAACGUGAUUUCCGGUUCUCGAAAAAGUGAUCUUUAAAAGUAAGGUCCGUAAAGUUGGCCGUAACCUCGCUCCGGGAUAGAAGUGGCUGUUCUACACAGACGGAAACCCAGGUUCCCACCCGGUGCUCCGGAGGUCUCUGCCUGACCGGAAGCCCGCAGGGCGCGGAGCCCUGGGUCCAGUCCGCCGGUAUGCAAAUGAGGGUCC